AUGAAUCUGAGGCUGUGCGUGCAGGCGCUCCUGCUGCUCUGGCUCUCCUUGACAGCGGUGUGUGGAGGGCCCCUGGUGCAGUCUCCUGAUGGGAAGGGGCUGGAGGAGGGCAAUGUCCGCCACCUGGUGCAGCCCAGAGGGUCGAGGAAUGGACCAGGGCCCUGGCAGGGAGGUCGGAGGAAAUUCCGUCGCCAGAGGCCCCGCCUCUCUUAUAAGGGCCCCAUGCCUUUCUGAAGCAGGACUGAAGGGUCCCUUGUGUGCCCACUUCCUGCGGUUCUCUCUACUCCAUAGAUUGAUCUGCUUCUCUGGAGCUCGCACACCCAUUCAGCUUUCAUCUCACACCUGUUCUAGCCGCUGAUGGCCCAGCUCUUGUCACCCACCAGCUUCCCCGAAUGGCGUGCUCCCGGCCCGAGUUCGGAUGAUUUCCCCUUCUUUCGCAAGGAUCCAUUCCAUCUUCCUGGCUCCUCCCUGGACUGACUUUGGAGACACUGCCCUGGAAGACCUUCCUU